AUGCUAGCCAUGGCCGGCCCUACUGGCAAAUUCACUCCUCGCUUACUCAAUGUCGGGCUCGUGAGGCGUGCGCAGGCAAUUGCGCAUGGUGGCUAUAGUAUGACCAUGGCGCUCCCUCAACGCGCCUCACCACUCGCUCGCAGGCUGGCAGCUUACCGUACCGGUACCCCUCCGCAUCCAACUGCACCAUCGGCUCGGUAG